AUGGGGAGCAGUAGCGACAGAAUCGAGGCUGAAGGACGCUGGGAUCUGCGGCCGGUGAAGGGCAGCGCCGCCCUCUCCUCGGGCUCCCCCGCCUCCACCGCCGAGAAGCUCCAGAACGCCAUCCGCCUCCUUGAGUCCCAGCUCCGCUCCGAGGUCCUCUCCCACCACUCCGACCUCCUCUCCCAGCUCUCCUCCCUCCAGCACGCCGACCACGCCCUCUCCACCGUCCGAUCCUCCGUCCACACCCGAUCUGAGCUCUCCGACCCCCUCCGCUCCAUCACCGCCCUCACUCUCCAGCUCUCCAACCUCCACGCCACCUCCGAGCUCCUCCACCACACCCUCCGCGCCCUCCGCCUCUCCAAGAAGCUCCGCGACCUCGCCGCCGACCCCGAGAAGAUCGAUCUCGCCAAGGCCGCCCAGCUGCAUUGGGCGGCAGAGAAAAUGGCUGCUGUGAGAGUGAGACCACAAGGCUCGUGUUCGAUGGUCUUAUCGGAGCCAUUACACUGCUGCUACAAGUUCAGAGGUGGUGCUACAACGACGCCUUGCUCAGUUUCUUUUGCUUCAAAGUUUCAAUCUUUAUGUUGCAAAUCACAGUUGCUGGGGAAAUUGAAUUCCAGAGGUGGGUUUUCCCGGAUUGAUGUUGUUUCGGGCAGUGAGCUGAUCAAGAGGUACGUUGAGAAUGGGAAUUGCGAGGAUGCGAUAGUGGUUUAUGUUAAAAUGCUUCAACUUGGUUUGCCUGUAGCUAAGGAAUUUCAGUUCUUUCCGAUUUUGAUUAAGGCCUUUGGGGGGUUCUGUGAUGUGGGCAAGGCUAGGGAGAUUCAUGGGCAUGUGUUGAAAUUGGGGGUUUUGGGCGAUGUUUACGAUGCCAAUUCGAUUUUGGGGGUUUAUUGGAAAUGUGGGGAGGUUGAGGAUGCGGUUCAGAUGUUUGAGAAAAUGCCCGAGAGGGAUUUGGUGUCUUGGAAUACAAUGAUAUCUGGGUUUUGCCAUUCAGGGGAUUAUGUGAGCUCGUUGGGGAUGUUUAGUCGGAUGGUUCGGGGGGAUCAUUGGGUGUUGCCUAAUCGGGUGGCUUGCCUUUCGGCUCUCACUUCGUGCUCUUCCAUUCAGUCUUUGCCGGUUCGGUAA